AUAGCGUCGUGUCUCCACAGGUGGAGGAGGCUGAUGAUUGGCUGCGUUACGGGAACCCCUGGGAGAAGGCCCGCCCCGAGUACAUGCGUCCGGUCCAUUACUACGGACGAGUGGAACACACCGCUGAAGGAGUGAAGUGGGUGGACACACAGGUGGUUCUGGCCCUCCCCUAUGACACCCCAGUCCCCGGCUACAGGAACAACAUCGUGAACACCAUGAGGCUGUGGUCUGCUAAAGCCCCCUGUGACUUCAACCUCAAAGACUUUAAUGUUGGCGGCUAUAUUCAGGCGGUGCUGGACAGGAACCUGGCUGAGAACAUCUCCAGGGUUCUCUACCCCAACGACAAUGUGAGUGGAUCCAACC